GAAAAUUUUGCACCAUUUGUAACGAUUGUUCACCGUUUUUGGGAAUGAAGAGUUUUUUCAGUCUCAAAUACUGGCAAAGAGUAACAAUCAAGUGGUACCAGUAGAAAGCAACAACAACAAAAACACUGUUGAGCAGAGGUACAGAUACAAUAUGUGUGUGUGUGUGAAGAAAUAUGUUGUGAUUUGUAGACGCAUGUGCGAAACCACUCUUGAAAGAAAACCAGUGCUUUGGACCAUGUGAUCAUUUAUUUUCCUUACUGAAUUUUCUUAGUGCAUUGAAACGUCAUCUUUACAAACGAUGACAACCAUGUGGCACUAGCAGAAAAGCAUCAACAACAACAAAAACACUGUUGAGCAGCGGUACAGAUACAAUAUGUGUGUGUGGAGAAAUAUGUUGUGAUUUGUAGAAGCAUGUGUGAAACCAGUCUUGUUAGAAAACUAUUGCUUUGGAAAUUGUGAUCAUUUAUUUUCCUUUCUGAAUUUUCUAAGUGCACUGAAACAUCAUUUUUACAAACCAGUGAGUUACAGUUUUAUUAGUGAAUAUUCCUGUAUUGGAAAAUGGGAACUCACAGUUAUGAAGAAAUUAUUUUAUCAAUCAUUGUAGAAAAUUAGUAACCUCAAAAUACACUUGUCAAUACAGUGUGUCAGUGUGUUUUAAAUCAUUUCCUUGUUGAUUCAAUCUUCAAGUAUAUAUAACAAUGUCGACUACUGAGGAAAAUUUCAUAUGUAAAUUAUGUGAUUGCUUACUUGCGGAUAACAGUAGUCUGAAAAUACAUAUGACAAUCGCAAACUAGUUGUCUUAAAACACAUAGAACAAUGCACACUGAUGAUAAGAAUCAUGAAUGUGAAUAUUCAACUUGGCACAAAGGCAAUCUUAAAAAGCACAUGAAUAUAUAUAUACAUUCGUGAAAAAUGAUGAAUGUGAAAAUUGUGAAUAUUUCCACUUUGCACAGAAGUAAUCUUGAAACGCACAUGCAAACACAUACUGGUGAGAAGAGUUAUAAAUGUGAACUUUGUCACCGUUCAUUUUCUCACAGUAGUAAUCUUAAAAGACAUAUGAAAAUACACACUGGUGAGAGAACUUAUCAAUGUGCAAUAUGCCACCGUUCAUUUUCUCGAAGUAGUCAUCUUAAAUCACAUAUGACAAUACAUACUGGUGAGAAGAAUCAUAAAUGUGACGUAUGUCAUAGUUCAUUUUCUCGAAGUAAUCAUCUUAAAUCACAUAUGACAAUACAUACUGGUGAGAAGAAUCAUGAAUGUAAAAUAUGCCAGCGUUCAUUUUCUGAUGGUAGUAAUCUUAAAAGACAUAUGAAAAUACACACUGGUGAGAAGAAUCAUAAAUGUCGAGUAUGUCAUAGUUCAUUUUCUCAAAGUGGGGAUCUUAAAAGACAUAUGACAAUACACACUGGCGAGAAGAAUCAUAAAUGUGAAAUAUGUCAUCGUUCAUUUUCUCAGAGCAGUAGUCUUAAGAAACAUAAUAUGAUAAUGCACACUGGUGAGAAGAAUCAUGGAUGUGAAAUAUGUCAUCGUUCAUUUACUAAUGGUAGUAAUCUUAAAAGACAUAUGAUAAUGCACACUGGUGAGAAGAAUCAUAAAUGUCAAGUAUGUCAUAAUUCAUUUUCUCACAGUUGGGAUCUUAAAAGACAUAUGACAAUACACACUGGUGAGAUGAAUCAUGGAUGUGAAAUAUGUCAUCGUUCAUUUACUGAUGGUAGUAAUCUUAAAAGACAUAUGAAAAUACACACUGGUGAGAAGAAUCAUAAAUGUCAAGUAUGUCAUAGUUCAUUUUCUCACAGUUGGGAUCUUAAAAGACAUAUGACAAUACACACUGGCGAGAAAAAUCAUAGAUGUGAAGUUUGUCAACGUUCAUUUUCUAAUAGCAGUAAUCUCAAGAAACACAUGACAAUACAUACUGGUGAGAAGCGUCAUAAAUGUGAAAUAUGUCAUCGUUCAUUUUCUCAAAGUGGGGAUCUUAAAAGACAUAUGACAAGACACACUGGCGAGAAGAAUCAUAAAUGUGAGAUAUGUCCUCGUUCAUUUUCUCAGAGCAGUAGUCUUAAGAAACAUAAUAUAACAAUGCACACUGGUGAGAAGAAUCAUAAAUGUGAAAUAUGUCAGCUUUCAUUUUCUGAGAGCACUGCUCUUAACAGACACAUGACAAAACACACCUGCAAGAAGAGUAAUGAAUUUGUCCUUUAGAGAUCGUUGCAGCCAAAAUAGGCAGGAAACAGACUAAAGCCCUCCCGGACAAAAUCCCUACAAUCAAAAAAUGACAAGGUGGAUAAAAGCCCUCUGUGAAAUGACAGGGCGGACAAAAGCCCUCCUGUGAAAAUGACAGGGCAGACAAAAGCUCUCCCGUAAAAAUAACAGGGCGGACAAAAGCCCUCCCAUGAAAAUGACUGGGCAGACAAAAGCCCUCCAGUGAAAUAAACAAGGUGGACAAAAGCCCUCCUGUAACAAAAAUAAAUAUGUAUGUUGAAUAGCUGUGUUUUUAUUCAAUGCACUCAAUAUAUCAAAAUUGUUACAUAUGUUUCUUGCUGUUCAAUUGGCCUAAGAAUGUGUAUGAGCUAGAACCACCUUUAAUUCUGAAUAUUCCUUCCUGAAAUGUUUAACAAGGUAUCUUUUUACACGAAUGUCGUUAAAAACAAAGUCACUUUUAAAAGUAAUUGACUCAUUAGAAGGCACAUUAUAAAUGUCUUUAACUUUAAAGUUAGAUGACUUUAACUUCUUUUCAUCAUUUUAUUACUCGAUUAAUAUUAACUUCACAUAGGAGUAAUCCUUCAUAUCUACGUGAAUAAAUAUGCACUUACAGACUUUAGCACUAAUUAUUCAGAUGCCUCUCAGGAAUGUACUCAAGCCCAUAUACAAACACGGUUAUGCCAAUGGAAAACAAAAAAAAUCAUGAUUACAAUUUCAAUAUGUUGAGUGCAUUGAAAAGAUAAUAUAAACUAUUCAACGUACAUACCAUUGUAUAUGUAUGUGCUGUGAGAGGGCUUUUGUCCGCCCUGUCAUUUUCAUGGGAGGGCUUUUGUCCACCUUAUCAUUUUUACGUGAAGGCUUUUGUCUGCCUUGUCAGUUUUUAACGGGAGGGCUUUUGCCCUACACUCAAAAUAGGCAUAUGAAUAUCGAUACUAACAAAAUUACAUAUAAAUGCAAAUAAUACGAUUUUGAGUUCUCCAACAGGUGUCUUUAGAAAAAAAAUACGAGAACGCAAACUAGUGAGAAAUUUUAUAAAUGUUAUGAAUCAUUUUUUAAUGGAAAAAGGUCUUAAAUCACAUGUUGACAUCAUGCACAUUUGAGUGAAUAAAAUUGCUUGCAAACUGUUCAAUCAUACAUAUUGUUUUGUUGUUUACAUUUUGGUAUACUGCUGAGACCGGAAGACAAAGUGACACAGCAAAAAAAAUAUCUUUAUAAUAUAAACUUAUUUAAAGUUUGUCAUUUAUUAUCUUAAGCUGUCUCCAGAACUUUGGAGGAAUUGCAUUUAUGUUCACCACUUGUAUAUUUGUGUUCUGUUUUUGUAUGUUGUUCUUAUAAAUGUAUAACUACUGUUUGUGUUUACAUCUACAUGAUACUACUUAACAAUCAAUUCUGAUUAUGACUUGCAGGCACAUUGUCAGGGAACUGUUAAUAAAAGACAUUAUUUAUAUGCAAAUUUAAAGAAUAAAAGUUCUACAAAACUAUUAAUUAAAAAGACAUAACGGUAGUGUGCAAUUUAGAAUUUAAAUAAUGGGUCAAGCCUCUCAGUAAAGAUGUUAAAACUGGGGGUAGACUUAACAGUUAGAAGAAGGCUUAUCCAAAGACUUAUGCUCCUAGGAAAGGUAUUGUGUCUUUGAGUAAAGAAUUAGGUAGUUCAGAUUUCUUGUUUGAUUAAGGUGUUGGUGAUCAACAAAGACAAAGUUGUUUGGAUUUUAUACAAGUAGGUUACAGCACUGAUGUUUCGACACUGCUCAAGGGUUUGCCAAAAUUUCGACGCUGCUUAAGGGUUUGCCAAGUUCAUUCAUAAUUUUGAGACACUACUUGUAUAGUCAUAAUCAUUAAAAAUAUAUCUAGCAGCUGAUAUUUGGACUUGCUCUAUCUUAUAAAUUAAGUAUUUCUGCCAAGGAUGCCAAACUAUGGAGCAAUAUUCAACCCGAGGUCUAACAUAGGUCUUAUAUGCAUUCCUUUAUCUUUUUAUUUGGGGUUUUAACAUUUCUUCUAAUGAAUCUAAAAUGCUAUUUGCUUUAGAUGUAAUAUUGUUUAUAUGUUUGGUCUAUCUACUAGUGACUCCUAAGUAUUUUGCUUUUUGGGUUGAGUUAAUUUGAAUAUCAUGGAGGGUAUAAGGAAAUAUUACAGGGUUUCUUUUGAACUUCACAUUUAUCAGGGUUAAACUCAAUGGACCAAUCUUUGGACUUGCUCUAUCUUAUAAAUUAAGAAUUUCUGCCAAGGAUGCCAAACUAUGGAGCAAUAUUCCACCAGAGGUCUAACAUAGGUCUUAUAUGCAGUUUCCUUUAUCUUUUUAUUUGGGGUUUUAACAUUUCUUCUAAUGAAUCUAAGGGAGCUAUUUGCUUUAGAUGUAAUAUUGUUGUUUAUAUGUUUGGUCUAUGAAAAGUCUUGACUAAAAGUGACUCUUUAGUAUUUUGCUUCAGAUGAAUGUCAUGGAGGGUAUAAGGAAACAUUACAGGGUUUCUUUUGAAAUUCACAUUUAUCAGGGUUAAUCUCAAUGGACCAGUCUCUUUCCCAUAUUUCUAAAGCAUGUAGGUCAUCUUGUUUAGAUCUGAUGUAGACAACAGUAUCAUCUGCAGAGUCUUACCUUACCUUUGACGGUCGUUUAUAUAGGACAGGAAAAGGUAGGGACCUAAUACAAAGCCUUGGGGGACACCUCAGAGGAUUGGUACAAUUCCUGAUUUUUGACCUUCAACUACAACUUGCUGGGAGCAUGACUUAAGGAAGGAAUGGACCCAAUUUGUAACCUCGUGACUUAUACCCAAUCUUUCCAAUUUACUCACAAGUUUGUGAUGGUCCUUCUUAUCAAAUGCCUUACUGAAAUCCGUGACUAUGACAUCAGUUUGUUGGCCACUUUCAAGAUUGUCAUGAAUUUCCAGGAAGAAGCUUACUAGCUGGAACUCCCAACUCUGUUUUGACCUCAAGCCAUGUUAAUAGGGGCUAAGGAUGUUGUGCUUAUUAUAAAAGGACAUAAUACAAAGACGUGCUCCAUCAAUUUGGACGCUAUGUAUGUGAGAGAUUGUUUAUUUGCUAUAUUUUAAAUCACACUAAUACUGUCAGUAACAUAUGACAACUUUUUAGUUUAACUCCUUGUGAAAGAUAAUUAGAUGCACCUUUAUACAUUGUUUUACACACAAAAGCAUAAACACGGAAGAACCACCAACCUCCCAUGAGUUAGCUGAUUUGGUAGAAUCAGUGGAUAAAAUUCUAUAAAAGGAAUUGACUGGAAAAAUUAUUCAUCAACGAAUGAACGCAAUGAGGGAAGCAUAUUUAAUGUACACAUUUUUCUCCCUGGACAACAUAUAAUUACUGGUUAUUCUAUAUAAUGUGUCACACCAUUGACUUGUGUCUUGCAUACUAUAUGAAGAUACAUUACCUGUGCCUAUAGUGGUGUAUGCAAUUGAUCAAGGCCAAGGUCACUGAUGGGGAAAUAUUCUUACGAGUCCUUUCCCUCAAGUCUUUAUUUCUUGGCUGAUAUGUAUGUAUCUGUUCUGUAGGUACCUCAGAUACAUGUACACAUCAUUUCCAUGAUGCUGUUCUCAUUCUGCAGAUCUUCCUUUCUAUUUUCUGGAUGUUUUUGGCCAUUUUUCUUUGUCUAACAAAAACUAAAGGAAAAAAGUGACAACACAAGCAUUUUUUUACAGCAUGUUUAUUUGAUUCCCUUUAUCUUUAAAUUCUUACAAGCAGAUUUCAUAUCUUUAUAAGCAGUUGUAAGCUGCUAAAAAUACAGUCUAAUCAAAAAUUAUCUUUUUCUACCGAAGUUCAUCUCUUUUGUAGGGAAGCAUUCUAUUGGAUAAAAAGUGAUUGCACAAUUUACAUUAACCAAUCGUCAAUGAUGAUACAUCAAAAUGUCUGAUGGCACAACACAACAAUUAGGAUACAGUAUGAAAAAAAAAAAUUAACAGGAAGGGAUAAAAA